CCAUCCGCCGGGGGGCAGACGUGACUUCCGGCAGAAGUCAUGAUAAACAGAAACGUUUCCUGUCCGGUAGUAGGCGGUGAUCCCGGUAACUGACUGACCGGGGAACGGAUCUCAGAGACGGUGACAGCUGUUCAGAAAUCUCCUUAUCUGUCGCUGCAAGAACACAGACCGAUCUGAGAACAGCUGAGUAAACACGAGCUUAAGAGGAGGACGAGCAGCGGAGAAGAUCCAACAUGUCUCAACCAAUAACAUCGGCAAUUGCCAGUUCUCUGCCUGGAGAGGAGCUGAACGCUGACCUGCGGCCCACCUCCAUAUCAGACUGUCAGACACAGUCUGCUGAAGAAGUGAAAGAGAAGCCAAACGCUGACCCUGAACCACCGGGGAGGAUCCAUGUGGUCCCGAUCCACCAGCGUCCAGAUCUGCUGGUUCCUUGUGCCGACCUGGUGAACUCUGAGUGGCAGAGGAGUCAGGCCGCCCGGGUUCACUCCCUCAAUAAGUCUUGUCCAGAGUUCCCCCUCUGCCUGGUUCUUCUGCAGGGCCGCGGAAAGUCAGAGCGGCUGCUGGGCCACGUCCGGCUGUCCAGGGUUGUGGGUCAUGGCAGCAGCCUGUUUGUAGAGUCUGUGGUCGUGUCAAGGGCGGAGCGAGGGAAGGGCUACGGCCGGACUUUAAUGGAGGAGACCGAGCGCUACUCGAAAGGCAGAGGGUUCAAAUGCUUGUGCCUGACCACCCAUGAUAAGCAGCACUUCUAUGCACACCUCGGCUACGUGUUGUCAACGCCAGUGCAGAACGCAGGCUCCAUGACAUCGUUUGUUCCCAUGGAAACGCUUCUAAAGUUCUCCAGGAUACAGAGUGACGAGAUGAACAAGCAGAAUCAAAAACGGACAGUGAUGGACGCUCAAAUGCCACAAGUGAACCGAGACUCAGAUGGUGCUUAUGUUGCAGGGUCACCUCAGCCUCAUCCUCCCACUCUUCCUCCUCCACCUCCACCUCCUCCUCCACCUUCCAUCCCGCCACCUCCCUCCAUCCCUCCACCUCCUCCUCAACCCUCCAUCCCACUGCCUCCAUCUAUCCCUCCACCUCCACCUCCUCCUCCUCAGUCUGCAGGGCAGCUCGUAGUUCAGACCCUGAACGAGACUCCCUACAGAGACGCCAAAGGAGUUCCCAUCUACUGGAUGCACAAAGACAUUUGAUGAACACACAAAUGGACACACUUGAUAGUACAUACACCCACAGAAGAGAAAUAGAGCCUGAAAAUAUCUCAAUUAGAGAAACACACGUUCAAAUGGACUAAACACAAAUGAUAUCAUGUACUGCAAACUGUCAAACAAAACAGGAUUUUAUAUUUCAGUUCUCGUGGCUCGACUUUGGCUUUUCAUUAAAAAAACAUUUUUUUUAAACCUACCAGUGCCUCUCAUUGUUAUUUUAAAAAUGAAAAAAAAGUUGAAUCCUAAAAUUCAGCUCUUAAGUCCUUCUUAAAGAUUGGUUUUACUGUUGUUAUAAUAAUGUGGGCAGAGUUGAGACUGUUUUCACAUUUGUUGAAUCAUGGUGUAAGACUUGUAUGAACAAGAGGAUUUAGUGACAAAGGAAUCAUAUCUACUGUUAAAAGCGUAUGUCUAAUGAUGAAGCUAACACAGCUCAUGAGGAGGAAGCUUGAAUCUUCCAGUGAAGCAGGACACAUCUCAUUUUAUCCCAUCAGACUUUGAAAUUAAAAUUCUUUCAACAUUCACACUUGAUGGAUUUUUCAAUUGAGGAGAAGGAGAAGAUGUACUCAUCUUUACCUGCUCAGUUGAGUUAUAUUGAGAUUUAGAUUAUUUUUUGAAAAAGAUGGACUCAAAAAUCAAAGAAUUGGUUUUCUCCCAGUGGGUUGUUGGUUAGCUAACGGAUGGUGAAUGUAAAUUAAUUUUCUUAUCUUGAAAAGAUCAAUAAACUGCUGUAGCUGUUACAUCACAUGACAUGUUGUAAUGUUAAACUUGAAGGUUGAAUCUACCUCAUUGAACUGCCAGAGAUCUUAAGCCUUAUUAAAGUUUUUAAGAUUUGUUAUAUCAUUAAACUGAGACAUGAUGG